CCGAGAUGUUCCCGCGGAGGCCCCCGGCCACCCUGGCCGCCUGGCUGGCGGGCGCGCGGGGCGGGGGCCUGCUGGCCGUGCUGGCCAAUCAGUGUCGCUUCGUGACGGGCCUGCGCGUGCGGCGAGCUCAGCAGAUCGCGCAGCUCUACGGUCGCCUGUAUUCGGAGAGCUCGCGCUGCGUCCUGCUCGGACGCCUCUGGCGCCGGCUGCGCGGCCCUCCCGGCCAUGCCUCUGCCUUGAUGGCGGCGCUCGCCGGUGUCUUCGUGUGGGACGAGGAGAGGAUCCAGGAGGAGGAGUUGCAGAGGUCCAUAAAUGAGAUGAAACGGUUGGAAGAAAUGUCAAAUGUAUUCCAGAGUUCUGGAGUUGAAAAUCACCCUCCUGAACCAAAGACCCCAGCAGAAGGGAAUGAAAAGUCGAAGGACAAAGAAGAACCAUGGGAAAUGGUGAUGGACAAGAAACACUUCAAGCUGUGGCGGCGCCCAAUUCCCGGCACCCACCUUUACCAGUACCGAGUUUUUGGAACAUACACAGAUGUGACACCUCGGCAGUUCUUCAAUGUUCAGCUGGACACAGAGUACAGGAAAAAGUGGGAUGCACUUGUGAUCAAGCUGGAGGUGAUUGAAAGAGAUGUCGUCAGUGGUUCUGAGGUUCUUCAUUGGGUAACACAUUUUCCUUACCCAAUGUACUCGAGGGAUUAUGUUUAUGUUCGUCGGUAUAGCGUGGAUCAGGAAAACAAUGUGAUGGUCUUGGUGUCGCGUGCUGUGGACCACCCCAGUGUGCCAGAGUCUCCAGAGUUUGUCAGGGUCAGAUCCUAUGAAUCCCAAAUGGUUAUCCGUCCUCACAAGUCAUUUGAUGAGAAUGGCUUUGAUUACUUACUGACUUACAGUGACAAUCCACAGACAGUGUUUCCUCGCUACUGUGUCAGCUGGAUGGUUUCCAGUGGCAUGCCAGAUUUCCUAGAGAAGCUGCAUAUGGCCACUCUGAAAGCCAAGAACAUGGAGAUCAAAGUGAAGGACUACAUCUCGACUAAGCCUCUGGAAAUGAGCAGUGAGGCCAAGCCUACUGCUCCAUCCUCUGAACGGAAGAGUGAGGGUAGCCGUGGCCCUGCUCGGAUUGAGUAUGCUUAAGGCCUUUGGGAUGAGGAGAGACAGGCAUUCCUGGCCCUGCCUUGCUCCCUCAACUCUGCUGCAGGACAGGGACAAGUCACGCGUGUUCGAAGACAUCUGCUGUAAAUGUCAGUGUGAGAGAAUUAGAACUGGAGUUAGAUUUCAUUUGGAACCCUGUUGCUUUUUACCAGAGGACCAUGGCAUCAUGGAGUCGUCGUGUUUCAGGCCAGCUGUUGUGAAAUCCAGUAUAUUAUGCUGAGCUAAUCUGGAACAAACCUCUCACUUUAGGCCAGAAGGGGAUGACUCCUAUCUGCCUCCUCCAAGAAGCUUCAUCGCUGACAUUCCAAAUGCCACCAUUGGUUGUGCAGCGCUCUGGAUAUCCUACAGUUCUGUAGGUCACUUGGAAACUGGUUGGCCCUGAGUUUUCACUAAGGGGUCACUAGGAGUGCUCUUGGUAACAGUCCUAUGGUGAUGUGAGCACUGGCUGAGCUAAGUGCCUUGUCCUCACCUUGCUUUAUCAUUAAAGACACAAAGUUUGUACCAAGGGAUCCUUGCCCCUACAAAAUACCAUGACACUGAUUCAUCUGACUCGAAGUGGUUUUCAUCGUAACCGGCCUUUCUGUGUUCAUGGGCUGUGCUCGCUGGGUUGUGGCCUCUGCCCUAGCCUUAGCCCACUUGCCAGGAGCACCAGAGACAAACCCCUUUAGACAUAAUUUUCUAUUGAUGCCAUCAGUGUUUUGAUAGGGUCAGUGGAAGUGCGCACAAAACAUCUCACAUAAAAGUAACUAGAUUUCUUUUUUAACCUUUGUAGCAAAAUUUGAGUUGCAGAUUUGAGCACAGCUCCUUCAUAGUCUUAUUUGUUUGGGCGUUAUUUUCCCACUGCAGAUUGACUGGGCCUUCCUGGAGUGCUAAAGGUAGUGGAUUGUGGUUAUACCAUUUUCUCAGAACUUUCAAAACUGUAAGGUGCCAUGUGGGCCAGCAGAUGAAGUCUUGCCCCAUACCAAUAUGGUAGGGAUGUAGCUUAUGUGACCCUCUUGAUCCUCUAAAACAUUUCUCUCCAGAACUGACAUAGAAAUAAGACACACAGUUUGGAUAAGAUCACAACCAGAUGAUAUGAGCCUGGCCUUGCUGGUUUCUUUAUGGUAAAUAGGGAUCAAGUUUUAAAUCUUCCUCCCUCCCUUUUUUCCCUGGAGUUUAUAUAGCUGAAUUUCUCUUUUUUUUCUUGCUUGCUACCCUGUUGUGGUAUUGAAAAAGGAAACUCAACCCAAGAUGAACUUAACCCUUUUUUUAAAAAAUUUCUUGUUGCCUACUCACUUCUGUGCCAAGAAAACAACUAACUCCCCCGAUGUUUCAUGUCUUCUUGAUUGUUGGCAGAGCAGAGAAAUGCAUUGAGCAGUCCCAGUGUCGUUCAGUGAGUGUUUCUCCCUUCUCCCCAAGACCUGACAGAAGCCUUUUUUCUGAAUUUGGCACCUGUAGGUGAAUGUGUGAGUGUUUGCGUGUGUAUGCCGGGUGCGGGUAUUAAGCAGUAUGGUUGCCCUUGUUCUGAUUUAACAGUGAUUUGACUCUGUACAGUUACCUGUGUCAUCAUAAUGAGUUUGCUCCUAAUUGUGACAUUUUUAUCAAAUGUGUGAAUAAAUAAAGAUUGCUACAGAAGAGUA